AUGGAGCUCGCCUCUUCCCCUCUCUCCACCCCGACCACGGGAGGAGGGAUCCCGCGCACGGCCUCCCCAGGGAGUCAGGUUCUCGACAACGGUACCAACAUUGGCAGCGCCUCUGGCCGGAAGGCGAGCUUUGGCGGUGGUGCGCUCGGCCAGAACUUUGCGAUGGAGCGCAGGGGGAGUGCGGAGUCUGGGCCCGCGAGGCGCGGAAGCAGGCGAGGAAGCGGGGUGGUUAUGACUCCGGGAGGGGCGCCGGUGGUUUACCACACCAGAACUGACGAGGACCGAGAGUUCCCACACGCCGAGAAGAAGACGAUCGCGGACUUGCUCAGGAAGUACGAGUCGCUCCUUACCCUCACUCCCCAGCGGAUGAGGAUGAUCGUGCACGCGAUUGAGGAGACGCUUGAUAAGGGCUUGCAGAAGGAUGGGCAGAUCGUGCCGAUGAUUCCCACAUUCGUCUUUGGCUGGCCGACCGGCGAGGAAGUCGGCGAAUACCUCGCCCUCGACUUGGGAGGAACCAACCUCCGAGUCUGCCUUGUCGACCUCCAAGGCCACGGCAAGUUUGAAGUCACGCAGACCAAGUAUAGGUUGACCGAGGAGCAAAAGCAGGAGGAUGGGCAGAAGCUGCUGGACUUCUGUGCCGAGUGUCUGGACAACUUUAUCACGAACACGCUUGGGAGGACUGAGAAUGACCCGAUGCUCCCUCUUGGGUUUACGUUCUCAUACCCUUGCUCGCAAUUGAGGAUUGACCACGGAGAGCUGAUCCGCUGGACCAAGGGUUUCGGUGCACCCAACAUCGAAGGCCACGACGUCGCCGCAAUGUUUGCAUCUUCACUCAAGCGCUUGAACGUCAACGCAGAGCUCACCGCCCUGAUCAACGACACCACCGGAACGCUCAUCGCCUCCAACUAUGUCGAUCCCAACACCAAAAUCGCCGUCAUCUUCGGAACAGGGUGCAAUGCUGCUUAUAUGGAGACGGCGGGGAACAUCCCGAAGAUGAGCAGCGUGGGGUUGGAAGCUGAUCAGGGGAUGGCCAUCAACUGCGAAUGGGGAGCAUUCGACUCGUUUGACCACCAACACCUUCCCCGGACAAAGUACGAUAUCAUCAUUGAUGAGUCGUCCAACAAGCCCGGAGAGCAGUCAUUCGAGAAGAUGAUCGCCGGUCUCUACCUCGGCGAAGUCUUCCGUCUGAUCCUCUGCGAGCUCAUCGACAGCGGAGACCUCUUCCUGGGUCAAAACACGUACAAGCUUGAAAAGGCUUAUGCGUUCGACACUGCCUUCUUGUCACUUAUGGAAAGUGACCCAACCGACGAGCUCCUCACCAUCAUCGGUGUCUUCUCCCACUUCUUCGGUAUCGAGACGACCCUCGAAGAACGUCAAUUCUUCCGUCAACUCGCUGUUCUGAUUGGGACCCGUGCUGCCCGGCUCAGCGCGUGCGGUAUUGCCGCGAUUGUCAGCAAGAAGGGGUACCUCGAGAAAGGAUGCGCCGUGGGGGCUGAUGGGAGUUUGUACAACAAAUACCCCAACUUCGCCAACCGGGUCCACGCGGCGUUGGUGGAUAUCUUUGGCGAGAAGGGGAAGCGCAUCGUCACGCACCAUGCGGAGGACGGGUCGGGUGUGGGAAGUGCCAUCAUUGCUGCAAUGACCAAGGCGAGGAAGGAGAAGGGAUUCUACGUUGAUUACUAG